AAUAAAACAUGUUCAGGGAAAGAACAUUCCUUUUCGACGCCAUGGCUCGCCAUCGAGUUGGUCAAUCACGUCCUGGCUUCAAGGUUGUCUUAUUUGGUGUUGCAAGUGUCGUGCUGUGCUUCUUGCACCUGCCCAUCAGCUCACGUCAAGCUCUAGCAAUACCGGGCUCAGGCAGAGAAGACAUGCCAGUGAAGCGCAGAAUUCCCAAAGCAGAGGAUCCCGCCGUCUUCACCACCGACGUGUUCAUCCCCUUGGAUGAAACCAUUCGCAAGCUGGAUGUUUUGUUGCAAGAUGAGAGGGUGGUCUUUCUACGUGCUGGUGUGGCAAGCGGCAAGUCUACAUUGGCGCAGCAUUUGUGUACCACACAGCCGUCCAAGUAUUUUGGAGUCCAUGCCCCACUUGCAAAGGAUGCAACCAUUUUUGAGAUGUGGGAGAGAAAGAUGAGGGCAGCUGUUUGGGGACAAAACUCGAAUGUGAAAGACAAAGACUUGCAAGAUAUGAUAAGAUUGAUCUAUGACAAUGACCAAGUCCUGGUUUUCGAUGAAUGCCACUUGCUCUUUGCUUGCCCCGAGUUCCACGAGCAGUUCCUGAAAAAGCCCUCGUGUCUGAAAAGGCGUCCAAUGGUUCUGCUCUUAUCUGCAGCGUCUGAAGGAACAGAUCAGCAAGGACGGACCUACUUAACACCAGCGGCAGUUACUGCAAAGUACAUGUGGACUCCCCCAAUCCCACAUGCCAAUGAACUUGUUGAUCAACUUGCUGAGGCUGAUGUCUAUUUGUCCCAGGAUGCGGUUGCUUUCUUCAUGGACUUUUGUGCUGGACACAGAAGUCUAUUCAUAAGAAGCAUGGAAUGGGUGCAGCAGAAGCAAAGCGGGGACAGCACUCGCUGGGAUUUGACUCGCGCACAAGGCGAAGUCAGUCAGGCAUGGGACACAGACAAUUGGACAGAAACCCCAGAUGACAGCUUGAUGGGGAAGCUUCAGACUGUUCGCGCCAUUCGUGUCAACGGAGCUUUUUCAGACCCGCAGAGCAUACCGCAACAAUUUGUGGACAUCUUGUGCGAGGGUCCAACUGCUGGUAUGGACGCGAAUCUCCGGCGCAAGCUCACUUUAGUUGGUUUCACGCUUCCUGUUGUGCCAGCGACUGACAGAAUUCCAGAGGAGUUUACGCCAUUGGAUUGGGCAAAGCUCGGGACAAAAUAUGGCGUCGCCAAUUACAUGAUGGCUUCCUACUAUCGCCAAGCGCUUGCGAAGAAGCGGCAGCUGACAGUGGAUGUGGACAGAAGCCCAACUUCUUGCACAGAUUUGCUCUUGCGAGCGCUGCCAUACUUGCUUUUUGCAGAUGUGGUGGCCAUCCAAUGGGACAAGUUCGGAAUUCGUUCUGAUGUUUCGCAAGAAGAGCUCCCAUUUGAGGUUCACUACACCCAUGCCGCAGUUCGGGAGUUGAAGCGCUUGGUUGGCAAUACAAAUAGUUUGGAGAGCACAACUAAGGGGAAGGUUGACAUCUAUACUACGUUGGAGGACGGUUCAACUUUCGCCAUUGAAGCGGUCAUGUCUUCUCGGGGAGCAACCAGCAUUGCUAAGCAUCGAGAUCGCUUUGAAAGCGCGUCGAUGACAAACUAUGCACAUGCACAGCACAAGUGCUUGCUGAUCAUUGGCAAAUGUGGAGACAUGAGAGAGAUUGUGGGAAAAGUGCGGGACGGUAUAGAAGUGGUCGGACUUGCGCCCAAUCCAUCGCACACCGGCUACUAUGUCUACGUCAAGCGGCAAGGUGAGAAAGUUGUUGACUUCCACAUCCCGUGCGAUGGAGUUGCAAGAGGGUUCUCCUGGAAGGAUGAAGAACCAUUCUUUGAGAUCAGUUCUGCCCAGAAAUUCAAGUACAUUGAGCCAGGCAGUGCCGCCCCGCAACGACCCCCAGCAGUGUGGGUCUGUCAGCUGGGAAGCCCUGACGGCAAGGACUUCAAGGUCAUUGGCAACCCCUUUCAAGUUAAGGGAGUUUUGGCAAACGUGGAUGAUCUUAAAGAAGCUAUUGAGAAGAAGGAGAAGCUGACCAUUGCUGCGUCCAAGAUUGACAUUUACAGCAAAGAGGACGGUCGCUGGGUCAAGGAGGACAAAAUGUCAGAAAGUCUGCGCUUCCGAUGCCUUUCGAUUUUGGGUUGCCGCCCAGCUGUCAGGGCAGACUGCUAUGGGUACAUGUUGCCAGCUGGAGCUGCUGGAGCCGCAUAGUUCGAGGCUUCUGCUGGCUGCGGCCACUGUUCUCGGCUGAGGCAAUGCUGGCGCACAACGUUUCACCUCGUACAGUGACAAAAGCAUGCGUUCGCAGGCACAGUUGUUUCGUUGCAGUGCGACUUUGCUUGACUCCU